UUGUAGCCUUCUUGGUGGCCUAUCAUCAAAACAAGCAGCUAAUAGGAGAGAAGGGGAUGCUCCCAUGUAAGCUCUACCUGCAGAAUGUCAAGAAGUAUUUCAAGGGGAAGAUAGACCUGGAUGCACUGAACUAUGCACCAACAGUCAUCUGGUUUCUGGAUUGGUCAGACAUGGACAGCACCUUGGACUAUCUCUCCCUGUUCGGCCUGGCAACUUCAGCCUUUGUAUUGAUAACUGGAUGUGCAAACAUGGUCCUCAUGUCUAUCCUGUGGGUUCUCUACCUCUCCUUGGUCAAUGUUGGACAAAUCUGGGUCUGAUUAAAAUCCGAGGAGAUCGCUGCUGGUGGGAGUUAACUUGCAUGGAUUAUCACUACGAGACGCAGCCAGUGCCCAACCCUAUUGCCUACUUCAUGCAUCGCUCACCAUGGUGGUUUCAUCGCUUCGAGACCUUGGUCAAUCACUUCAUUGAGCUGGUGGUGCCAUUCUUCCUGUUCCUGGGGCGGCGGAUGUGCAUCGUGCAUGGCCUCCUGCAGAUCCUUUUCCAGGUGCUUCUUAUCAUCAGUGGAAACCUGAGUUUCCUCAACUGGCUAACCAUGGUGCCCAGCAUCGCCUGCUUCGACGACAUCAGCCUGGGGUUCCUCUUCAGCUCCAGGGUGAAAGAGCGUGUGGUGCAGAUACAGAGCAAAGAGGCAGCCAAGGAGAAGCUUCCCCUGGGCUGCUAUAUCCGCAAAGUGGUGAACAUCUCCUUCGGCCUCCUCAUUGCUUAUCUCAGCAUCCCAGUUGUCCUAAACCUGCUCAACUCCAGACAAGUGAUGAACACAUCAUUCAACCCUCUCAGGAUAGUGAAUACCUACGGAGCUUUCGGGAGCAUAACCAAGGAGAGAACAGAGGUCAUCCUUCAGGGGACAUCCAGCAUGGAUCCCAAUGACCCCACUGCUGUCUGGGAGGAGUUUGACUUCAAAUGCAAGCCUGGGAACUUGAAGAGGAGGCCAUGCUUCAUCAGCCCCUACCACUACCGCCUGGACUGGCUGAUGUGGUUUGCUGCCUUCCAGACCUAUGAGCAGAAUGAAUGGAUCAUUCACUUGGCUGGGAAGCUGCUGGCCCAGGAAGAGGAAACCUUGUCCUUGAUGGCAACGAACCCCUUUGCAGGCAGAGCACCUCCACGGUGGAUCCGAGGGGAACACUUUAAAUACAAAUUCAGCCAACCUGGGGGAAAGCAUGCCAGCGAGGGGAAGUGGUGGAUUCGGAAGAGGAUCGGCCCUUACUUCCCCCCUGUCAACCUCAAGGGCCUGAAGAAGUUCUAUGAAGACAGGAAUUGGCCAUACCCCAUGCGGGACUGAUGGAGGAGGAUGAGCAAGGUCAAGAGGGACCAGCUGGGGAAGAGGGAGAGCAGCAGCUCCCUUACAAACAAUAUCUCUUGCCUCUCUCUGUAUUUUUUACCCAUACCCUUGCUUACACAUAUUUUACAGAAGGCUCCCAGCCAACCUG